AUGCUCAGUCGUCUUUGCUCCACUCCUCACUUGCGCGCUCGCUGUCUCUUCCCCUCUCCCCCUGUGUGCAACACAACACAACGCAGUGGAGCCACAGUAACGGGGCUCAACAACAACGAGUACCAGAUCUCCCGCGGCAAGGUGCUCAACAGGCGGCACAGGGCGCUGGAAGCAUGUGGGUUCAUAAAGGCGGACUUCAUGAGCAUCCCCGUGCUGAACAGGCGCCACCGAGCACUGGAGGCAUGUGGAUUCAUAAAGGCGGACUUCAUGAGCAUCCCCGUGCCCGACGCAUCCUUUGAUGCCGUCUAUGCCAUCGAAGCCACCUGCCACGCGCCCGACGCGGUGGGGUGCUACAGCGAGGUGAAGCGCGUGCUGAAGCCCGGGCAGUGCUUUGCGGCGUACGAGUGGUGCCUCACAGACGCCUAUGACCCCAACAACCCCCAGCACCAAGAGGUCAAGAGGGAGGUGGAGCUGGGCAACGGGUUGCCAGACAUCCGCACCACGGCGCAGGUCCGCCAGGCGCUGCUGGACGCCGGAUUCGAGCAGUGUGGUACAGGCAACGGGCUGCCAGACAUCCGCACCACAGCGCAGGUCCGCCAGGCGCUGCUGGACGCCGGCUUUGAGAGCAUAUAUAGGGUUUACAGCACAGCAGUAUCAUCCAUUCCGUGCCACGGGUUGCCUGCCGGACAUCCGCACCACGGCGCAGGUCCGCCAGGCGCUGCUGGACGCCGGAUUCGAGCUCCUGGAGGCAGCGGAUCUGACGGAGACAGUGGAGGUGGCGUGACAUACUCUGCUCCCUCUGUGCCAGUCCCGUGCACCUCACACCAACCAUCUCUUCUCCCUUCCUCCUCUCCCUCUGCGCAGCUACUGGAGGCAGCGGAUCUGACGGAGACGGCGGAGGUGGCGUGGCACAAGCCGCUGGACCCCAGCUACUUCUCACUCUCACAGUUCAAGCUCACCCGCGUCGGCCGCUUCCUCACCACCACCCUCGUGCGUGCCCUCUCUCACUUCCUCUCACCACCUCCUUCCUACGCUUCUUCCAAAUCCAAUCACUCCGUGAUUCCUUGCUUUGACAUGCACCAUCCCACCAUUUGUGCUGUCCAUGCCACCACCUAG